GCCUGCGGUUUGUUUUUACGGAACUACUUUCGUGUCCAUCCGAGUACAGAGUUCUAGUCCUUUAACCGGCUGUUUUAGAGCUUAUUUACGUUAUUUCUCUAACCAGAUGAAGUUUGUGUGAUUUAUAUUUUAUACUAUAGUUGUUUAUAUGAAUUACGGUGCGUUAUUUAAGACAUAAAAGGCAGUAAGCUCUAGUUUUCUACACGGAUCCGAUGUGCGGCCUUUUCUUUUUCAUGGACGUCCGCCAUCUUGAAUUUUAAUGUUGAUUUUAAAGUGUAGCCAAGUUCGAUAUGUUUAUCAUUAUUUUUUAGGAUUUUACUUCGAAUUCGGAUCGUAAUCGAAGACUCACGUCUGAUUCGCAAUGGCAGCCAAUGACUAACACAGAGACUCAAUGCGACUAACGCAGGCGUUCUGCGGGCAUGAAGUGGAUGGGAGAAUCCAAGAAGAACAUGGUAGUAAAUGGCAGACGACAUGGCAGCAGGUUCAGCGAACAGCCGGGGAGCCAAAGUCGCACUCAGCAUCUGCGUCACAGCAAGAGCUCGCUCAGCAGCCGGAGAUGCAGCCGCCGUUUCAACGGUGGUCCGAUGGAGGCGGAAAGACGCCACGUCCCGUCAUCCGGAAUGACGGCGAAGGAGCUGUGUGAGAACGACGACCUGACCACGAACCUCAUCCUCGACCCUUACCUCGGCUUUCAAACCCAUAAGAUGAACACCAGAUUUCGACCCAUUAAAGGAAGACAAGACGAGCUGAAGGAGAUUAUCGAGAGUUUUAAAAAACACAGUGACCUGGAGAAAGCUUUCGAAGCUUUAACUUGCGGAGAUUCCUCCAGAAAUCAUCUCCUGUCCAAGACCAAGGCGCAGGAGAAGCUUUUCAAGCAACACGUCUUCGUGUAUCUGCGCAUGUUCGCCAGCGACAGCGGGUUUGAGAUUUUGCCAUGCAACCGUUACUCGUCCGAGCAAAACGGAGCCAAAAUCGUCGCUACUAAAGAAUGGAAGAGGAACGAUAAGAUCGAGCACCUGGUGGGUUGCAUCGCCGAGCUGUCAGCCAGCGAGGAGAACAUGUUACUGCGCCACGGCGAGAACGACUUCAGCGUCAUGUAUUCCACUCGCAAAAACUGCGCACAGCUCUGGCUCGGACCCGCCGCCUUCAUCAACCACGAUUGUCGGCCAAAUUGCAAGUUUGUGUCCACCGGCCGCGACACGGCUUGCGUUAAAGUUCUCCGAGAUAUCGAACCCGGGGAAGAAAUUUCCUGUUACUACGGCGACGGCUUCUUCGGAGAAAACAACGAAUUUUGCGAGUGCUACACGUGCGAAAGACGCGGCACCGGUGCUUUCAAAUCAAAAGUGGGACUUCCUGUGGCAGUUCCUGUUAUCAACAGCAAAUACGGCUUGAGGGAGACCGACCGGCGACUCAACAGGCUGAAGAAGCAGGAAGAAGCGAGUCAGAACUCCGACGUCCGAUCCGUCGACUCUCACACCGACGCAGACACUCAGGAUUCUCCAAAAACACACUCAUCGUCUAGGAAAAGAGCACCGUCUAGCACGAGGGUAAAAACCAGGAGUCAUGAUGGACAGUCUCUCUCAAGAGCUUACACAUCUACCUCACCUUCCAAACAAAGUCAAGCUAAUAACAGGGUACCAAAGAGACUGAGAUCGAAACCCUCCAAGCCUUCGCUCACGAGUUUGAGGUUACGGAGCCAAAGCCGAGGGUCGGAGGCGAAGACCUCCGGUAAAGAGCCGAAAGCGGCGCUCUGUAGUGACGUCCGUGUGAAAAAGGAGAAAGACUCGCUUAGGACUUUUAACUCGGCAGGAUCGAGGGACUGCAUAACACGACACAACGCGAAGGAAAACAAUCAGCCGCCUUUAAAAUUUCCCGCAGAAUCCGAGAGCUGCACCUACAGGACUCGAAGGUCAACCAGGACUUUACAUAAGGCGCAGGAAGCGGACGGCGUUAACGGAGAACGAAGCACUUUCCAAGGACAAACCCCGGUCAUUAAAACGGAGCCGGAGGACAUGGAGGAGUAUCUCGCUCACGGCUUGAGGUCGGACCAGAAAACACCAGAAGACGUGUACAUGAGGAGAGUCUCUACCUCCCAGCAUCACCAGUUCACUCAGCUCCACCUGGACAGGAGGAUAAAGAGCGAGGACAAGCGCAGCGAACAUUUCACGCCAAGGUUCAUGCAAAGUCCCAGCGUGAAGGACGUGCUCCUGGGGUUUCCCGAAAGGACUCGGCAUUGCGGUUCCUCCAGAAAGGACAAAUCUAAAGGAGGAAGUCGGAGUUUGGGAAAAGGGAAGAAAAAGAACCGAAUUCCGCACUACGACGCGGUGAUCCUGGACAGCAGCACAGGGAUUCCCAAGCUGACCCUGCGCAGACGGAGGGACAGUGGCGAGACCAGACAGGCUCACAUGAACUCCUCGAAGAUCAGCAUCAAGCUCGGGAAAGAGCAUGAGCGAGACGAGGGAAGCUCUUACGGAGCCAGGUUCAACAACGGCUUCGCUUCCGCACCCCGAAGCAGCUCCAGCAAGCUGAAGAUCCAGCUGAAGCGCGAGGACAGCGAGCACCUGGUCACGCAGACAUUUCUCCAUAGCAACCACAGGAGCAAGCGUGUGGAACAGCAGCCUUCGUCAGAGGAAGAGGAGGAGGAGGAGGACGAGGAGGAGGAGGAGGAGGACGACGAUGACGAUUACGAGGACGAUUUCAUCCCGCUUCCACAAGCAAAACGUCUCCGGCUCAUUCUCGGGAAAGAUUCCAUAGACAUCGAUAUCUCCUCCAGGAGGAGAGAGGAUCAGUCGCUGAGGCUCAACGCAUAAGCUCACCUUCAGACUCACAUGUACAUAAACUUCAGGUUAACUCCGAUCAUGUCACCGAAAAGAAAACCACAGAUCAACGAACAACUUGAGCUGUUUUUUUUUUUUUGUCUCCCUUCAAUCUAAUCUAAUCUAAUCUCUCUCCGCUGUACACGUAGCGUGUGUGACGUCACCGCUGACAACAGCUUCAACGUUUCGCCGAACAGAGACUUUAAAACGGAAGCCUACGGAGGUUCGCGUCCGGUGUUUUAAAUAGACAGUCGUGUAACAUCGGUUAAAAACAACCGCCGAAACACAAAGCUGUGACCGUGGGAUUGAUGAUGAUGAUGAUGAUGAUGCUGUAAUUGUAGAUCACAAUUUUUUUUUAGAUCUCUGCGAUGACGGACUUUACAUCAUAAAGCGGGAUCGUCACACCGUCGAAGCCCAACAGCUACACAAGCACAGAUCGUUUCAUAUAAAAUAAACGUAUCGUUCAUACAGUUUAGAGUCGCGAACACCUUCAAAUAUCAUGUUCUUUAUUUAAACCGUUUAGUGUUCAGAUGUUCAUUACAUCAGUGAUGUAGAAAAGUUUGAUGCAAAAUUAAAGUCGUAGUCGAUUAUAAAACGAUCGGCGUACGAACGGAGAAAAAACGAUAAACGACACAGAGGUUUUCUGUUUAUAUGUGGGCGGGGCUUCUCCCUCCUCCUCCCCCUGUCAGUCACGGCAUCACCAGCCAAUCCCAGGGUCCUGUGCGGUCACGGACGCAGAAGAGGGCGAGCGGCUCUUUCCUCCGUCACCUCCUUUCCCGCCCGUAAGACUCGAGUUCUAAUAAAAUUUUCCAGCAAACGAUUUCUUUUCAAUCAAGAAAUGGUGGAGCUUCUUGUCCGCAGUAAUCACACACGCAGUACAGAUACAGCAGAGAGAGACCUACAUUAAAAAAAUUGUAAAUUGUUAAAAUGCACUUAACGGACGUCUCGCUUGUAAAUAUUUUUGUAAAGUAAGGAAACUCGCGUGACAUCAUCACGAUGUUGUUUUUUUUUAACGCCAUGCUCUGCUGGAAUCAGGUGACGACACCGAUCUGACGAGUCAUGUAGCAUCAUGGGACUAUUUUCUUGUGCGGAUACACUUUCCUACGCCGUCGUACCGUGAGCGUAUCUGCAGAGCACAGAACUGAUGUGGUUUGUUUUGUUUUAUUUCCCUCCUUCUGAAAUGUAAUUGGUGCUGAUUCUCCUCGCCGUCACGCCAGAGCUGACGCGUCGCGGCGAGAAACCGUGCGUGAAUCGUACGGUGUUGGAUUUUGUGAACCGGCAGAAUUCCAUGCCAUCGGUGCUCAUACAUUAGGGCUUUCUGUGAAUUUGUCACCACAUAACAUUCCACACACCAUGAGGUUUUCUCUCUCUCUCUCUCUGUCUGUCUCUCCAUCUCUGUCUCUCUUUGUCUCUCUCUCUCUCUCUCUCUCUGUGUCUGUCUCUCCAUCUCUGUCUCUCUUUGUCUCUCUCUCUCUGUGUCUCUUCUCUCCAUUUCUGUCUCUCUCUCUCUUUCUCUCUCUCUCUGUGUCUCUGUCUCUCCAUCUCUGUCUCUCUCACUCUCUCACUUUUUGUGUCUUUCUGUCUGUCUGUUUCUCUCUCUCACUCUCUCUGUCUCUCUCUCAUUCUCUCUGUCUCUCACUCUCUCUGUCUCUCUUUCUUUCUCACUCUCUCUCUCUUUCUGUCUCACACUCUCUCUCUCUCUCUCUCUCAGAUCGUUCGACCCAGAGUGUGUGAUAUUCACGCACGGCAUUACCUUCUGUCUCGAUUAACGAUGAUCUUUAAAGGUCACGCUUUCGUUCUUUACCUCUUCUUUCCCUGGAAGCGUUCACCCCUAAUCACAGCACUAAUCACCAUUAAGGCAGAUUAUUUUCUAGGAAAUUACAAAUUCUUCAUCCUUAUUAGUUAUUUAUUCAUCACUUACCUACAGCAUCACUUCCCGAGGUCUUUUCGUCCCCUUACGUUGUCUGCAUCAAAACGAUUUCUUCACCUAUUAUAUUUAUUCCCCAGUCUUUUACGUUAAAAGUUCGUUCCUCUUCUCGCUGACGCUCUUAGCAGCUAUAAACAGUCGUUCCCUCACCGAAACUGGAGACUCCUUCUAUAAUAAAGGUUAAAUAAACUCCGCCUCCUCACAGAGCAUCAGAUAAACCGGGUGGUUUAUUUUAUCGUCGGUUUAGUCGGUUAAAUCUCGGCGAACGAUAUUUGUAGCCGUGUUGCUGAAUGAAAACAAGUCGACGUCUUUACGGCCAAUCGGCUUUCAGGAUCGAACGGCGCUGUGGUUUAAGUGAGACGAUAAGCGAACUCAUUCCUCCGAUAGCACACGGUGCCUUUGACAUCACGGGCCAUGACAUCAUGACAUUUACAUUUACGGCAUUUGGCAGAUUUACUUAUCCAGAGCAAUUUUUUUUUUUUUUAAAUCUCAUUUUAUACAACUGAGCUAUGGAGGGUUAAGGGCUUUGCUCAGGGGCCCGGCCCUGGGAUUCAAACUCACAACCUUCCAAUUGGUGAACCAACACCUUAACCACUGAGCUACCACAUCCCUGAUCACGUGACAUCAUGACAUCUCUCUGGUCGGUUCCUCCGUGCUGCUUGAUGCCGUAGAACAUCACAAGACGCCUCGAGAUGAACUUCAUUAUUGUGUCCGUAUCACCAGCAGCCGGGUCCCAGACCUCAUCCCGUCUUCCUACUAACUCGUGAAUCUCUCUGUCUCUCUCUCUCUCUCUCUCUCUCUCUCUCUCUCUUUCUCUGCACCAUUUAUUCUGUCCAUCUCUGUAAAGCCUCCGGUUACGAUUCCAGCUCGGACUCUGUGUGCAUAGUGUGUUUAUAAGGGUUUGGGGUACAAGCGACAUAGAAAAGCAAAUGUGCAGAAGUUGCUCACUAUUUAAAACUUGUUUUUAUUUAACAGUUUUGAGAUACUUGAAAUGAAGAUAAAGUCCCUUUGGGGGAAAAUUCAGACCA